GUAGGAGGAACUAGAUCAGCCAUUGGCUGCACAAAGCAUGUGAUACUGUGUAAUGCUGCAGAAACGAAACUCUGUGGAAAGGAAGGGGAAAGGUGCUGUUAGGAAGAGCCCUGCCAAGAUUCAUUCUGACCUAUGGAGAACCUGCGAGUCCUUGUCUAGACGGUAAAGUAUGGGAAUGGUAUACAAAAUACAUACAUUUCUUUAUUUCGUCAACUGAGACAUGGAUGACAUUCUGAAGUCAGAGAUUUUCAUUGUUGUAUAUGAGCAAAAAGAUGGUGUUUCAUUUGAAGAAUUUGGGGGACUUUUUCGUCAGAUCCAUGGCUAUUAUCUUAACCUUUCAAAAUAUGGUUACUCCUCACUGAGGAGCUUGCUGAAUGACAUGAAAGAUUUGGUUGAGAUAAAAAUUACAAAAGGACAUCAAAUGAUAAGAUGUAAAUCACCCUCCAGACAUCAUGUGGUAGUUUCACAUGGAAACAUGGUCCCAGGGCUUUCAAGUGCUUUACCUUCAUCUGGACCUUCUCCAGAUCCUGUUGUAAGGAAAACUGAUCAAGAACAACUUACACAGAACCGUGUAAAGCAGGUCAACAGCACCAACUCUGCAACAGGCAAAAAGGAUAAAGAAAAACCAAAACACACAUGCUCUCCACCUGUCAAAAACACCAGUCCUGCAGUAAACCAUAAGAACAGCCCUCUACCUGUAAAAUGUGGAAUUACAUCAAAUGUAAAGACUGCUACAAAUAAUAUGACAACAAAUAGCAGUAGCUUUUGCCUGCAGGUGAACAGCACAAACUCUGCAUCAGGCGAAACAUCUAAAGAAAAACCCAAACCUUCAUGCAAUAUACCUUCCAAAAACACCAAUCCUGCAGUAAACGAUAAAAAGCGCCCUCUACCUGUAAAAUGGGGAAUUAGAUCAAAUGAAAAGACUGCUACAAAAAAUAAGACAACAAAUAGCAGUAGCUUUUCCCUGCAGGUGAACAGCACAAACUCUGCAUCAGGCACAAUAUCUAAAGAAAAACCCAAACCUUCAUGCAAUAUACCUUCCAAAAACACCAAUCCUGCAGUAAAUCUUAAGAACAGCCCCCAACUGGUAAAAUGUGGAUUUUCAUCAAAUGAAAAGACUGCUACAAAAAAUGAAAUAACAAAUAGUCAUAGACUUUCUGGACUUUCAAUCUCCAAACCUCUACUGGCAAGUCCAGCUGGAAAUGUGGCUGCUACAUCUGAUGCUACAAGGACAAAUAAUGUUUCUGAAACAAGACAAGAAAGUAAUUACACAUUUUCAAAUCCUACACUAAAAAUAAAUGUAACCCACUUACAAAAUAACAGAUCUGCCAAUGCAGGAGCUAUAGAAAACAAGGUAUUUACAGCAACAAGUGGACCAAACAAAAAUGCAGAUUUGCUGCCAACUCCCAAAAUGCCAGCAAAAUUCAGUCCAUUUGAUUUCAACUCCAACUUACAGAUUGCCCAGCCGGGAGUGCCACCAAUAAUGUCAUACGCAUCUGUCUGUGCACAUAACAUUAACAACAAUCAUUUCAAUCGCAAUGGACAGCAAUGUACUCCAAAUAAUGUGAGAUUCAAUAUAGGCAACAGGGUUAAUUCUGCCAACGUUACACAGUCUCAUUCUAGAGCAGAACCUAGACCCUCAAUACCGCAAAGCUCUGUUAUUAAAGAGAACAUUCAAGGGCUACUGACUGAGCAUGCUAAUGGACUUUCAAUUUUUCAACUACAAAAAAUAUAUCUAUUUAAGUAUCGACAGCCACUGAAAUUCAGAGGUUCAGCUACACUGAAACAGCUCCUGAUGGAACUAAAGGAUGUUGUGAAGACAGAAGGUGUAGGUGUUCAAAUGCUUGUGUUUCCAGCUCCAGCUCAGAAUAUUCAAGUCACUGCAGCCAGUGGAGAUCAUGAUGCUGCACUACAAGGUGAUGUCUCUUUGCUUACUGAAAUAGACUCCAAAAAGGAAGUUGCAUUAAACCCACAUUCCGUAGACUCCUUGAAAACACAGAAUGAUGAACUGCAAGAGGCUACACAAUUGCCUCUCCAUGAUGGUCAAAUCUUGGCCUCUGGACCAUAUCAAAUAGAUCCUAUGGAAGGACAUAUCACAGAAGUAGUUAAAACAGAAAACACUCAACCAAUUAUGCAAAAUAUGCAAAGAGUUGAACGUAUAUCUUCUAAUGCAUUCCAUGAAGGAUCUCCUGAAGAAGCGCUGUCUGUUUCUGCAUCAGAUGCAGGAGUUUUACCUAACCAAAUUAAUGACAAACCUCAACACAAGACACCUCAAUCAGAGCAAAUGCACCAUCAAAUGAACAAGAGCUAUGUCCGAGAGGAAAUGUCAUAUCUAUGUAAAAAUGUAAUUAUGAAAGACACUAUUGUCACAAAUGGACCUUCAGAAAUUGCACCUCAAAAUUCUUAUUCACAUAGAAUCAUUUUACACUCUUCAAGUUUUUCAUUUGUGAUGGGACAACCAAUAGAUGGAUCUCAUAACAAAGCGAGUGAAUUAUACUUAGCUGACACAAGUUCUGUUACUGAGCAGAAGACACCAUAUCAUAGCAACAACGUAUUAAAAGGUCCAGAACAUUCACAGCAAGGCCUACCUAGUGCUAAAUCAAGUAUUUUAGUGAAGGAUUCAAAGCCACAUCAGUUAUCAAAUCUUUAUGUGGAGAACUCUGAGCACCCACUUUUGCCACUGCACAACUCAAGGAACACAUUGAAAACCAACGAGCAAACAGAGUUUCCAGAAUUACAGCAAAGGGAAGACUUCCAAACUGCAAAGAAUUGCGACUUAACAGAAUCUCCACCAUCACAUCCUAGGGAUAAUCUACAAACUGAAACAGUCCUUGUACAAACAGAGAAGCCAUCUUCAAUUCAAAAGGACAACUCUCAAAUUAGAAAAACGGUUGAGCAAGCUGCACAUUUACCUCUAAAUAGACAAGAAAAGGCCCCCAAUUCCCAGAUUACAAAUAAUAGGAAUGUUGUCUUGGAAGCUUCAGCCAAUGAAAAUACUCCAGAUGCUCAAACUAAAAAUAUACCUGAAAAAAAAUCACAACAGGAAGCAAGUCUGUCUCCACAUACAAAUGACUUGGGUGACGGAGAAAACACUCACAGUCAAUAUGUGCAUGACACUGAGCAAGCUACACAUAUGUCCUCACAUGUACAUAAAGUGCCUGAUACACAUCAAAGCGAAACAAAGCAAAACGAAUCCACUCUUCAAACAAAGCAGUUUGAUGAAUUUACUUCUCCUGAAAUGAUCCCUCAGAAAAGUCUUUUAACUCCAAGACAAGAAAUUGCAGAUCCCUUUCAGAACAUACCCACGCAACCUGUCAUUUCAGUCGCACAAAGUGAACUUCCAAACAAUUUGGAUUGCAUUACAGACCAGGAAGACAAUAAUAAGACAUGGCAAUCAAGUCAGGAAGCGGCCUGCUGUAUUUUAUGAAACUCAAAAUUUAAAAACCUGGAUAACAAAUUAAUAAGUAAAAGUUUAUCAGAAGAGUUCUACUAACACUACAUACAGUAGGGACUGAUAACUUGAAGCAUCUCUGGCCAUGAUCAAAUAAUAAAUUGAAAACUUUUUGUGGUAUGGUAUGUUUUAUGUAUAUUUGUUUUAAAAAUAAAGCAACAGCACAACUGUUGUACAACGACC